AUAUUGCGCGAGUAAAAGACAAACGUGAAAACCAUCUCGCCUUCUCUCAUAAAUCAGUCUCCUUCUUUUCGCUCUCCUUCCCACUUCCAGCUUUUCUCCUCUCUCUCUCUCUCUCUACUUUAGUCUCUCUCUCUCUAGUCUCUCUUUUGUAGCUCCCUGCUACAGCUAAUCUCUGCACGUUUCCACAGAGAGGUGAUAGACAGAGAAAGAGGAAGAUGAGUCUCUCUCCGAGAGAUUUUCUCUCUAUCAUCUUAUCUUCUUCUGUGUAAUGCUCUGAGCUAACCCAACAACGAAAGAGAAAAAACCAACAAUAUAGGAGAGAAGAGAAGAUCUUUCUUCUCAUUCUUGAUUCUAUCCGACCAAUGGCGAUUCGGAAGGACGACGAAAUUCGAGAAGAACAGAGCACUUCGUUUCUUCUUGAUGCUCUCUACUGCGAAGAAGAGAAAUGGGAAGACGAAGGAGAAGAAUUUGAAGAAGUUGAAGAAAACUCUUCCUUUUCUUCUUCUUCUUCUCCAUUCGUUCUUCUGCAGCAAGAUUUGUUCUGGGAAGACAAAGAUCUGGUCACUCUCUUCUCCAAAGAAGAAGAACAAGGACUCGGCUGUCUCGAUGAUGUUUAUCUCUCCAAAGAUCGAAAAGAAGCCGUGGGCUGGAUUCUGAGAGUCAACGCUCAUUAUGGGUUCUCCACUCUUGCAGCUGUUUUAGCCAUAACUUACCUCGACAAGUUCAUCUGUAGCUACAGCUUACAGAGAGACAAACCAUGGAUGCUUCAGCUCGUUUCCGUCGCUUGCCUCUCACUAGCUGCUAAAGUCGAAGAAACCCAUGUCCCUCUUCUUCUAGACUUCCAAGUGGAGGAGACAAAGUACUUAUUUGAGGCGAAAACCAUACAGAGAAUGGAGCUGCUGAUUCUGUCUACUCUCCAAUGGAAGAUGCAUCUCAUUACUCCAAUUUCGUUUCUAGACCACAUCAUCAGGAGAUUGGGGCUUAAGAACAAUGCUCACUGGGAUUUCCUCAACAGAUGCCACCGUCUCCUCCUCUCUGUAAUCUCCGAUUCAAGAUUUGUCGGCUACCUCCCGUCAGUUGUUGCCGCAGCGACCAUGAUGCGAAUUAUAGAGCAAGUUGAGCCCUUUGAUCCUAUCUUAUACCAAACUAAGCUCCUCGGUGUCCUUAACAUAACCAAGGAAAAGGUGCAAACUUGCUACGAUCACAUCCUCCAAGUACCAGUGGAUCGCAUCGGUUUACAGAUCGAAACGCAAUCUAGCCGCAAACGCAAGAAUCACAAUUCAUCUUCGUUGAGCAGCCCAAGCUGCGUGAUCGAUUCAAACCCUUUCAAUAGCGACGAAAGCUCAAACGAAUCGUGGUCAGCGAGUUCGUACAAUCCACCAUCAUCACCGCCGCAACAACCUCCCUUGAAGAAGAUGAGAGGAGCUCAAGAGACGAAGAAGGAGAAACCGCUUUUGCAUCUGCCAUGGGCAAUCGUAGCCACUCCAUAAUAAUCGAGCUCGCUUUCUUCUCUUACGUUUUUUCCGUUUAUAUCCGUCUUUAAACUUGAGAACAAAUCCUUGUAUCCCCGUUGCAUAUACGAAAUGUCGUGAAUGCCCUUACUUUGCCAUGGCUAUAUACAGCGUGUGGGCGAAGGGUAUUCAUGACAUUUGACUGCAUGGGAUGGGAUGAUGAGAAUCGAAAUAAAUCCUUUUGCUUAAGUUUUGAGGCUA